AUGAGGCUGAUAUUCCUUUUGGCAACAGUAACUACAGUGCUGAGCUCUUCACCUCGUCACGAUCUUCUCUCUAAAUCAAUGCGAGCGAAAAUGUGCGAGUUGAAUCCAAGUCUUACAUUUUGUCGAAAGCCUCCACCUCUCCCAAUUCUUCGCGAUUCUCUUUCCUAUUCUCGAUGGUCGAUUUGUGAUCGAAAUUCUUUUCUUCGCCUUUGCCGAUAUCGACCCGGAACUUUUGAUGAAGUCGCUGACGCUCAAAGGAUACAGCAUGAACAAGACAAGAAAAAAGUUCAAAUCAUCAGAGAUCCGGUUUCGAGCGAAAAUCAAAACGAAAUGUUAAACGAGAAUUUCCUCGAAACAACCUCACCGCCUUUCUUGGAUCAAUCGAACAAGUUUCUCGUGAACAAUUUU